GGUUCUUUCUAAAUAAUUUUGCUCCAUAAACAUUGUAUUUAAGAAAUUAUAUAUUAUUUUAUUUUAUUAUUAUUGCUGUAGUCCACAUGUCGCGUUGUUUUACACUAGUCACCACUCCUGUGACUAAUCAGCAAUGGCAUCUGCGUGAUACAACGUGCAUCGCAACGUUUAAUAUAAAUAUCUGCACAAAUGUAACCUACCGAAACAAACAUAGCCAAACGGAAAGUUUUAAAUAGCAGAGUGCCAAAAAAAAAAAAAAAAAAAAAAAAAAUCACCUAGCGGCCCGAAUCCCUAAUUUCAGCUCGACCCGUGCACUGAGCAUGCGCGCUGCAUCACCCAGUCUCCCGUUAGUUUCCUUGGUAACGAAAAAAGGGUGGAGGAAGGAAUGAGGUGCAUCGAGCUGCGAAUAGCAAGGCGAGAGACGGGGUGAAAGAAAGAGGGAGCGAGGAGCGAGGUACCUGAACACAUGAUCAUUCCCUAACGUCUGUUCAACUACUGCCUUAGCCUACUUAUACUUCAAUAGACUGUAAAACAGCGAGAGGCAGAAAAAGACGAAAAAUAAAACACAUCCUUCGACCGCUACAAAAACACGAAUCGACAUGUCAGAAAUUGUGCCCCCUGAAGUGAGACCUAAACCUGCUGUCCCAGCUAAGCCCUCUCAUGUGGUGCCACCAUCUAGUGUUCCCUUUGUGCCUUCACCCCAAGGAACAGGGGGUGAAGGUCAAGGGUCAGGUCGAGGAUCUGCAUUGCUUGGAUACAUCGGAAUAGACACCAUCAUUGAGCAGAUGCGGAAGAAGACGAUGAAGACAGGCUUUGACUUCAACAUCAUGGUGGUUGGUCAGAGUGGUCUUGGGAAGUCUACUUUAGUGAAUACUCUCUUUAAGUCACAGGUGAGCAGGAGGAGCACAGGCUGGAGUCGUGAUGAGAAGAUCCCAAAGACCGUUGAGAUUAAAUCUGUGUCUCAUGUGAUUGAGGAAGGAGGAGUGAAGAUGAAGUUAACAGUCGUUGACACACCAGGUUUUGGAGACCAAAUCAACAAUGAAAAUUGCUGGGAGCCCAUAUCCAAAUACAUCAAUGAACAAUAUGAGAAAUUUUUGAAGGAAGAAGUCAACAUUGCUCGCAAGAAACGCAUCCCUGAUACCAGAGUACACUGCUGCUUGUACUUCAUAUCUCCAACUGGACACUCGCUUCGCCAGUUGGAUAUUGAGUUCAUGAAACAUCUGAGUCGUGUGGUCAACAUCAUUCCUGUCAUUGCCAAGUCAGACACACUCACUCUUGAUGAGAAAACUGAAUUUAAACAGAGGGUGAGGAAGGAGCUGGAAGCGUGUGGGAUUGAGUGUUAUCCGCAGAAGGAGUUUGAUGAAGACAUGGAGGAUAAGAGUGACAAUGAUAAGAUCAGGGAGGCAAUGCCCUUUGCUGUGGUAGGAAGUGAUAAAGAGUACCAGGUCAAUGGCAAACGAGUUUUGGGCAGGAAGACAGCCUGGGGAGUGGUGGAGGUUGAAAACCCAAAUCACUGCGAAUUCUCCUUACUUCGUGAUUUCAUGAUUAGGUCUCACCUCCAGGACCUGAAGGAGGUCACUCAUAACAUCCACUACGAGACAUACCGUGCCAAGAGGCUCAACGAUAACGGAGGUCUGCAUCCCAUCUCCUCCUCUGGCCAAGACACACAAGAAAGCAACCUGUGAGGAAACAAAUGAGCGGCAUAGUAAGGAUGCGAGAGAAGACGAAGAUUCAUCUUGUAAUAAUUCAGCUGUGCAUGCUCAGAAGAUUUCAUCGCUGUGGAGGUUUUGUCUUUAUACUCCUUUUAACUCUUUGUGGAACUUGUCAUCAAUUCCCCAGUUGCUCACUCCGCUGACUUUAGUGAGCGAGUUUGCUCGUGAUAAUCUUGUUCAGGUCUAAUAUGAUGGCAAAUAGCCUUGUGCACAAGAAUUUGUGAAUGGAAAUUGCCAAGUGUUGGCAUAUCACUUGUUCUGCCCUCUACUGGAACCUCUGUUACCCAUUUGAGCAGUUUUCUAUUGUAAGACGGGAGAUUGCACUGCCACUGCUUUCUGCAGCUAAGUGGGCCUUAUUUAUUAAAACAUUUAGCACACAUAGUACCUACGCCAAUUAAACAUACUCAAGUUAUGAGUAAGCCUACUAAAUUUUAACAUGCAAGUGUUUUAAUAAGUAUUUCAUCUCUUUGGCCCUAUAAGGGUACAGCAGUGUUUCUCUAAGUACUAACUUUUUACCUUUGCUGUGUAGCUCUGCCAAAACAAGACUCUAAAGUGACCACUGAAGUAUAUUCCUACAGAUCAUUCCAAACAAACCAGGAUUUACAGUGGCAAAUGUGUUUAAAUAGCUUUCCAGCAGCCAAUUAAACUUCAGGAAGAAACUGAAAGAGCACUGAUUAAAAACAAUCAGUGCCUUUAACAAAUCAAGAGUUGUAGUUUCAAGGUUUUUCUUCAGUACAUUUUGUAUGGACACCCCAUGUUUGUGUGAAUGAGUAUAAAAAUGGUCAGCUUUCUUAACAUUAUUGCAUAUGGUAAUAGUGAUUUCUGUCUUUUUAUGUGAUGGAAUUUUUAUUUUCAUUUCCCACGUGUGCCAGUAUUUCCAAUUGUGUGUGUAUAUGUGUAAUUACUUCUGCAUUACAUCUCACAAUAUCAUUUCACAGAUUGAUACAUUAUGUAUGGAAGUCAACAGAUAAAUACUGAUCCUAAAUUAGUUCACCAAUCAUUUUUUCAUAUCACAUUUACUUAAUGCUGGUGUGGAAUAAUAAAGCACCUCUGAACAAUAAUUAUGAAACAUUAUUUAUAUUGUAUUUAUGUUUUAUUUAUUAUGAUACUUAUGGUUUAAUUUAAUAAACAUGUUUGCCAUAAUUGCCUAA